AUGUCAAAGCUGUUGGUACGGAUUGCUGGGUACUUGACCAACCGAACUUUGAUGGGUGUAGACAAAGUAGGGAACCGUUACUUCGCCAGAACAGAACAGAAUGAUGGUAUCAUGAAAGAGAAAAGAUGGGUAGUAUUCAAAGGGGAGGAGGAUCCAACCUCAAUUCCAGUUGAAUGGAUAUGCUGGCUGAACGGACAGCGUAGAAGGGCUCCAACUCCUGAGGAACUGAUUGAGUUGGAGGCAAGGCGUGAACUUGUGAAGCAAAAUGUUGCUCGUAAGUCACUUCAAGAAGAAGAGGAAAGGAGAGCCAAAGAAGGCAGUUCUCGCAAAGCCAUGAGCACUGGUAAAACUGGAGGUCCAGACUUGAAAAGUUUCAUUGGCCAAUUUCCUACUGUUUCUGAAGGUAACAAGCUUAAGGAAGAAUCAGAUGCAGUGGAUAGAGGAAGCCACCACUUGUCAAGUCAAUUUGAUGCUUUAGCUCCUUCAACCAAUUAUGUUCCCCUCUUGGGUCUGCUCCAAGAAAAGGAGAAGCAGGGUCACAGAAAGCAGCAGAACCUUUGUCAGAGUUGCAUCCGUGAAAUAUGGCAUUCAGAACCAACUGGGUCUGGUUCAACCUUCAAGCCAGGGACAUGGCAACCACCAACAUGA